GACUCUAACUUAGUAUCAGUUCCAUGAUGUCAGUUCUAGCCUGCUAAAUUCAUUUUGGUUUUCGACGUAUCUUCGAGUUACAUUUUUUAGACAUGUUUAUUCUCAAGAUAAUAACGAGUAAAAAUUAAAUUAGACACUUAGAGAGUCUCGAAAGAAGAAUGGUGCGAAAAUCAGUUCUCGUUUACGACCUGCUCAGAUCGGAGAAGCCCAAUGUAGGAUUGACCAAAAACGAAAUUGCUAAUCGCUUAUAUGCUAAAUACGGUUUUACACCCGGUAAAGGAAUCAAACGGCAAAUCGGUGCAGCUCUUCGACGCGGAAUGGAUUAUGGAAUUUUGGCGAAAUAUACAAACAAAUAUAGAUAUGAUCUAGAUUCAUUGAAAAAUCCCCUUCGAAGAAAAUUUGGAAAAGUAAAAAAAGAGAAAGUGACUAAAAAACGCCGUAAAGUAAUUAAUAAGGAGAAAGUUCCCAUGCCAACGGUACCUGAAUUGCCUGAUUGGACUCCCAAGAGACGAAAGCUUCUGGAAGAGCCUGUUUCAAAAGUUAAAAAAUAACCCGAUACUCGAUCAUAAUUUAUAUCGCGGAAAAAGCCUUGUGAAGUCUGGUUCUUGAGCACCGUCUGAAAAAAUACAAAUUUUAAAACGGCAA